AUGACAUCAAAAAUUCCAGUUGUCGCAGACACAGGCUUGACUCGGUUGAUGAGGAGCAGGCCAGAAACCUCAAUCAUGAAGGCGGCCGCAGCACGUGUCAAGCAAAAAGGCCCGACCUCAUCCAGUCCAGGUUUGAUUUCGUCAAUCAGGGGCCCGCUAUGGGCCUUCGAUUGCAUGAGGAAGGUCAUAUGUGCCGAACAUGACGGACGAUCGUCCUCUGGAGAUCUAGCAGAGCCCAUGAAGUUGGUUCCGGAGGCCUUGGAGAUAUGGCGGAUGAAGAGAAAGGCUCAGCUGGCGGCAAUGUUGCCAUCGAGCCAACAUCAGCAACUUGACAACCACAUCCAAUGCAUUUCGAACGUAACUCUAGGAGCUGACCCUCCAGGGGCGAUAGAGCAACCUAAAGAUGACACGCUCGAGCUCGCUACGUCUGCAAAAUACGCUGUGGAUAUUGUUUGA